AACGCGUUGCUUGUCGGCGUGACGUCACCUGUCGGGCGCAGCGACAGUUGGCGGCGCUGCGCUGGGAACAGCGCGGCUGCUAUCGUGGGCGAUGUUUCCUGAGUUGGCGGCGCUGCCCCGGCUGCGAUAAGUGCCUGGCGUUAGCACCUGCGCUUUCACCCGUGCCCUGCAUCGUGCAACGUGCGUCUGUUGGGUUGGCGUUCUGUGAAACCAGGAACGAGACACCCCAGGGUUGCCAGACGUACGACUAUAGUCGUACAUGUACGACUAUUUCGUAGUUCGGUACGACGUACGUCUGAACAUAGGGUCGUACACCUAUUUGUACGACUAUUUUGAAAUUUUGGUGGUUAAGAUGUUAUGGUUAAAUAUUUUGGUCUCAUAAACACAAUAUAUGCAGUUCUAAAGAAGCCAAAAUCGAAAAUUGUAAUGAAAUCGAUCUGAAUGUUAAUCCAAUUCAAGAAACAAUCGAUAGCUUCAUUAUAAUAGUUGAGAGGAAUGACAACAGAAUGCACAUAAAUCAAUAUCAUAUUGGAUACAUUAUUAAAAUAUGUGUGAUAUUCUGUAAGUACCUAUCAUCUUUGGAACAGUACGAACAAUUUAAGAAUUUAACAGUUGUUUACAUUGUUUGGUAAAUAUGAGUGACGCAGAAGAUGGGCUAAGUUCGCCACCAAAAAAGGUGUGUAUUCAGCAAAGUGCAGGUAAACACAGGGCUCAAAAAUUUAGAAAAGAGUGGUUGUCUGAAACAGAAUUUAAAGAGUGGCUGUUACCUGUACAUGGAGACGAAUACAAGGCUAAGUGUAAAUUUUGUGGGAUAACACUUGUUACCGAAAUAAGUAACUUAAAGCGGCAUGCAACCGGUGGGAAACAUACAGCACUUAGAAUGUCUGCUACUGUUAGACAAACAUCGAUUUCUAGAUUUAUUGCAGCACCUAAAGUUGAUUUAGACAAAGAAGUUGCAUCUGCUGAAAUAAAACUUUCGGCAUUCAUUGCGGAGCACAAUGUUGCUUUUUCUGUUGCAGACCAUCUCACAGCUGUCAUAAAAGAUAUCUUUUAUGACCAUAAAAUUGCACAGAAAUUGACUCUUAAACGAACAAAAACAUGCAGUAUUGUAAAUAAUGUAAUAGCUGCCGAUCAUAAGGAGAAGUUGGCGAAUAAAUUAAAGAACACCAAAUUCAGCAUCCUUACAGAUGAAUCAACAGACAUAGGGACAAUAAAAAUGUCGUGCAUAGUGGUAAGGUACCAUGAUUUCCAGUCUGGAAGGAUAGAGAGCAAAUUCUGGGAACUAAGAGAAAUUUUUGACUCUUCAAAUAAAGUUGUGUGCGCCAGUGCAGAAAACCUGUUUCGUGGCUUGGUUGCUUCAAUCACAGAGUUUGGAAUUCCGUUGGAAAAUGUGAUCGGAUUUGGAGCAGAUGGAUGUAAUGUGAUGAUGGGUGAACAUAAUUCAGUAUCAUCUCGUCUCAAAGAAGCUUGUCCUGGGAUCGUGGUGGUUAAGUGCAUUUGUCAUUCGGCACAUCUGUGUGCUAGUGAAGCAUGUAAAGUGCUUCCUCGGUCUUGUGAAGAUAUGGCUCGUGAAAUAUACAAUUUCUUGAAGAGCAGUGCUAAACGACAGAGUGAGCUGAAAGAGUUUCAAAAAUUUCUUGACAUGGAACCUUUGAAAAUGCUUCAUCCCUCGCAGACCAGGUGGUUGUCUUUGGUGGCAGUUGUUCAACGCAUUUUGGAGCAGUGGGAUGCUUUGAAAUUGUAUUUUACAGACUGUUGGUUGUCACAGAGACUCUUAAGUGCAGAAAACAUCUUCAAUGCACUUCACGAUCCUUUUUUGAAACUGUAUUUCAUGUUCCUUUCAUGGGUUCUUCCGAAAUUCACAAAAUUCAACGAAUUUUUCCAGACGAAGAAUGUUGUUAUUACAGAACUACAUACCCAAUUAAGAGAUCUCUAUACUGACAUUCUCCUUAGUUUCAUGAAAAGGGACUAUGUCAUGAAAACACCACUCGAGGAAGUCGAUCCUGCCCUGGAGAAGUAUCAUCUUCCAGACACUGAGAUGUAUUUAGGAGUUAAAGUCCUGCAGCACAUUGAUAAACCAGAAAUCACUUCCAAGCCCGAUAUUCGCUGUCAUUUCUUUCACAGGUGUAGAACUUUCCUCACGGUUGCUGCGCAAGAAAUAAGAAAAAGAUAUAAUAUGAAUGAUCCGGUUCUGUCGAAACUUAGCUACCUGCAACCUAAAGCAGCUCUUUCACCAGUAUUCAGGGUUAACUGCCCUUCCCUUCUUCCACUAGUAAAAGUAGUCCCAAGAAUUGUUUCUUGUGAUGAUGAUGCAAUUUUACAGCGUCUUGAUGAUCAGUGGAGGGAGCUUCCAUUUUCAAGGGCAAGGCUUCCAGAAGAUAUUGAUGAUGUAAACAGUCCUGACAUUUUCUGGAAUAUGCUUCUGAAACCAAGCUGUGACACACAAGAAGCUCAUUUCAAAGAAUUGGCUACAUUUGCACUUCAUGUGCUUAGUCUCCCGCACUCUAAUGCAGACUGUGAAAGAGUCUUCAGUCAGGUAUGAAAAUAUAUGCAUCAUAAAUAACUAUUUUGUUACCUACUGUUCUUAUUUUAAAAUUUGAGUUUUUGUUAACUGCAAUAUUGUUAGAAAAAUAUAGCAUGUGUAUUUACUUUACAGGUAAAUCUAGUGAAAACCAAAGUACGAAAUCGCCUCCUUCCAAAAACAGUGAACGGAGCUUUGCUUGCUUCCGAGUGUGUGAAGGAAAGUGGUACCUGUGCAUUGUUUCGCCCUACAGCUGAAAUGUUAUCGCGCAUGACAUCAGCAAACUUGUAUGCAUCCAGUGCACCAGAAAACGAUAUUGUGGAUAUUCUCUUCGAAAAGGAUGACUGAGUUGUUAAGAAAAUUGUUUUUUUUUUUUUUUUUUUUAACUUAACAUGUGUUAAUUUUGGUGUAGUUUUUUUCCUUAGUGUAAUUGUUUCCAUGUAAUUUUUUUCCUUCACGAUUGUGUCAUGCCAAUAAAAUACUACCAAAAUGAAUAGCAAAAAAAUCGCCGGAUAAAAUAAAAGUUGGUACUCAUUAACGUUUUAUUUUAAAAAUUAUAGUAUGUACGACUAUUUGCUCCAAUGUACGACUAUUUCUAGUCUUCGGUACGACUUUUGGAAUGUUGCAAUCUGGCAACACUGAGACACCCCCAUCAAACACAAAUUAUCCUGUUUGAACGCACCUGUUGCUUGCCAGCCCCGUGAGCUCUCGCUUUUCCGGGUUGGCUUAUAGACGAAACGCAUUUCGUAUUUAGUAGACAUUUCAUGAACGAACCAGACAAACUUAAGGUUUUUAAACUAUAACAAACUGUUCUCAAAAGUAGUUUCAGUGGUACCUGUUCCCCAACUGUCGUUUGAAAAGCAACACUCUGUGUUUGUACACCAACACUGUCGGACACAUGAAAUAGUUUACAAACACUAUUGACGGGACAACAGUGGCAGGACGAUAAUGUAAAUUGUUGGUACAACUUCUGAGAACUGUUAAAUUUGAAACAAGUUACAGUUAUCCGUACUAAUAUUAUAAAUGCGAAUGUGUGUUUGUUUGUGUGUUUGUCCUUUCACGGAUCGACAUGAUUUUUUGCAUAUAGAUAGUUUAUGGGCCGGAGAGUGACAUAGACUGCACAUAAUAUUUAAAUUCCAUUCCUAAUAGGUUGAAAAAGAAGAAAUUCAUUUAUAUUAUAGAAAAUCAUACGAGGUAGGCCAUAGACCCAGUUAAUUUGUGUCAUUUCUGUAUGUCCUCCACACGGAUAAUAUGGUAAGGUCUGGUAACUUUCUAUCCUUCUUGGCGAAACCCAUCCGCUUAGUGAAGCUUGCGGCUGACAGUGAACUAAAGGCGCUAGUAACAAUUUCGUUUAGAACUUCGCCAGUAGAUGGGGUUGACUUGAAUUUGUAACGCGCUGUCGUUUGUUGUGUCCGUCACGUCUUGCCUAGGGGUUACCUUCCUUCCUGCAAAAUUAAGCUGAAGAUUGUCGUCACGGCUUUGCUGAUGCGUAGCCUUGAUGCACCGAGAUCGUGCAAUCAACGGGACUUUAAAAUUUCCCAUUUUUCAAGUGGUUGUCCCACAGACUUGAAACUCGGUAGUGAUGUUCCUUAUAUUAUGACGUGUUUAGCCCGGGUAACGCCGGGCGCUUCAGCUAGUAAGACUAUAAUUUCAAGCUGCUGUUGUAUUUUUGCGGGAAAAUUUGUAUGCUGUCUAGAUUUCGACACACUGAAUUUAUGACUGUAACGCGUUUUUGUUUACUGGCAUUGGAUAGGCGAGAAAAGCUAUUUCUGCUGCACUCCACUGGGCUUUUGUGCGUGUGUGUGUGUUAGAGAGUUUGAUGUACUGUUGAACGUCAUAUACGCUCCGAAAAUAACUCCCGUUGAAAGUGUUUCAUCAGACCAUAGGAGCAAGCAUGAGAUACGGUUUAUUUGAAAUCCAGUUUGGAAGCAUUUUCGCGAAAUAGAACUCUCUCAACCACGUAAUUAAUAUUUGUGUGUUUGAAGGUAGUAAUUGUUGGUUAUGUUAAAAGUGUAUAUAUAGCCUACAUUAUUAUUCGCAAUUAACUGUGUUACUUGGUUUAUACAUAUAUUUUUUACAAUUAUUUUGAAAAAUUGUUGUGUGGAUGACUUUAUUCCGUGGCUUGGAUUAAAUCGCUCUCAAUUUAGAAGUUAACAAGUAAUUAGCAAAAUUUUCGUCCUAUAUAAUAAUGAUUGCGAAUUUUGAGAUAUAAAUUGACAAUAUAUUAAUAUUAUAUAAUAUUAUCAUUAAUAUAUUAAUAUUAACAAUAAUGUGAGAUAUUAAUAUUAAUAAUAUUUUGAUUUAUUUGUAAAGUACUGGUGAACUACCGCACUUGUGUGUUGUGACAAUUACAAAAGAAGUGAACGAUAAUUGCAUCCGAAUUGAAGCAUACUAGAUCAACAAUUACGAACCGACUGCUUCGACAUAAUACAGUUCAUAGUUUAUGUGUGUAGGUGUGUGUGUGUGUUUGGAGGGGCAAGGACGUUUAUGAAACGACAACCAAGUCUUUAAAUGGCUCUAUCAUGCGUCUAUAGAGAUAAAGCUUAUAGGUUGUAUAACAUACCGUAAUGGCAUACACGGUUCGGUUAAGGGUGGUUUUAUCGGCGAUUGGUCGAACGCGUCUGAUCCACGUGAUAGCUUGCUCGGAGAUAACGCCCAUAAACCACUUGCCCCAUGAAACACACAUACGCCUGCGGAUGGUACAGCGAAGAGGAUGUUUUCUAUUCCUACAGCUUCUUCCUUCUCUUGACUACUGCGUUCAAAUAAUUUAAUACAAUUUCUUGGACACACGCCAUUGCAGUAGAGUAUGUACAAGAAAUGGUAUUAAAUCAAAAUAAUUAAUUUCUUGAAUCAUUCAGUACGAUCAAAUAGCUCAUCUUACUUAAAUACUGGAACAUCACAUAAUUACUUCACAGUUAUUUUAAAACAUCCAAAGAUUAAUUAUACUUAAUAUCUCACAUUUUCGCCUAUAUAAUGGUGUCUCAAAAUUCACAAACAUGAUAUAUAUAUAUAUCACGAAAAUUUUGCUAAGUACUCAUUAAAUUCUAAAUUGAGAGCGAUUAAAUCCAAGCCACGGAAUUAUACGAUCACCUCCAAAAAUAUUUUGCAAAAUAAUUGUAAAUAUAAUAUGUAUAAACCAAUAAUCACAGUUAACUGCUAAUUAUAAUGUAGGCUAUAUACUUUUACACAUUUCCCUACUCAAAUUACAAUUUUGGUUUUGGAUGAUUUCACGAAGAAUCCUGAAGUCAUGUGUACCAAAUAAGCUUACAUCAUUUUUGUAAUAUGAAUAAACUGUUAUAUUGGGAAAGUAAUAAUAAUUUUAAGGAUGCAGCUAUAUAAAUAUAGGGAUAGUUCCUUUUUCUCCACAAAUAGGCUCAUUCUUAGCAACUUGUGUAAAAACUGAAAGACUUUUGCAUUCCUUACAGUAUUUUUAUGUAAAUUUUAACGUGCUCGGAAAUAUUAAAAAUAUGAUCCAGGCUUGCGUGAUUUACUUUCGAUUCUUAGGAACAAAAAAAAGCGCCUUGGAUGUGAUCUUUCAAGACUUUUCACGUGUUCUGAACUUUCACCCGGUGAUUACAGGUCACGCUCACCAAAGUCACGAAAAUACCCCCAAAAAAUAGUAAUGGUGCGGAAGUCACGAAACUAUAAUUUACAGCAACCGUUUGACGCUGUACGUGGAAUAUAAAUAUUUGCUAACUGUCCACUUUAUCAUGUAGAAAUUACCUCUGAAAAGGUUUUAGGUUUUUAACUUAAAAAUCGGUAAUGUUCUGACGAAUAGUAGGUGUUAAAUUUUGAUGAGGUAAGUAAGUAAAAAUUUUUACUUAUAUGUCGUGCUAAGUCCAGAAAUAGUUUCACCAAUUAUUUGUAGACACAACGAUUAUAUUGCAAAACCUUACAACGUAGUAAAAAUCGAAUUUCCAACUGAACAUUCUACAGGUACCCGCGCUGUUUAAAUCUGCUUAGGUUACCUAAGUGACGGCUGUUUACUUAAAGUGCUUACUAAAAUGUUUUAUCUCUAAAUGUAUUUAUCAGGAAUUAGAAGCGACUAAACCGUUGUUUCCAAUAUACCGACUCUUGGUAGCACAGCAAAGACUUGCAGUACAUAUGAGCCGUGUUUUCUACGCCCAAAAAUGAUACAGUCGUACGUUGGAAUUCCCAUAGUUGCACAAUGUACGACGGAAAGACUGCCCGCUACUAAAGAGCAUUGCCAUUGCACUGUAUUAACUCUUUCUUUGCCGGAACAAUUUAUUACAACAGCAAAAAAAUACUUUUUUUUUUCCAAUUUUAACCACUGCAAAGAUGUUUAAAAUAUAUAUUAUCAGUAAAACAAGAUUGCGUUGUUAUUAAACGAGUGCAACCAUCAAUUUGAAGAGUGUUUUGUUUUACAAUCUAAAGUAUUGCAAUCACAAAUAUAUUUCUUGUAGUAUUAACAAACUGUUUCUGGGUGAAGGUUUUUUCCCUAUGUAUUUAUAUUGUCUUUCUUACCACAGCGACACCUCGUUUCAAUUGGUUUACUAUAUAAGUAUUGUUAGCAACAGCCAUAUGUUUGUUUGGUAAGCCUAUUAUAUUUGAUUGAAUAUUAGGUUAAUUUAAUAAAAAAAAUCAAGUUGUAAACAAAAUAUUUACGCUCCAACGAGCGUCGUACUUACCCAACCUUCUUUCUUUCUUUUUUCCCCCCCGCUAUUUUAUUUGAUGUUUCAUUCAAGCCGAUUUUUUUAAGCCAUAGAAAAUAUAGUCGAUUAUUCAAUAAUAUGACUUUAUUUUGUUUUUAUUGUCCAUAUUAAUGCGCGCAGUUAUACUGGAAAGCAAUUCAAGUCACAAAUGGUUAAUACACAGUGAUAUUGAAUUAUUUACUUUUAAAAUUAAUAAGGGAGAUUAGAGACAUUAUUUUAAAACAAUUAAUGAGUUUCCAAAGCAAAAACUGACUUCAAGAAACCUGAUAAUUUUCAAUCGCGAUUUUCUCAAAACUACGAUUUUGGACUUAACCCCUUUUACGCAACAAACACAGAAAUAACCUAUUCGAGGUACUGGGACAACACAAUGCAUAAAUGCCCGGGGUUAAGAAUACGAACCCGGUAUAACUACGAACACUAUUUUGUAGUUGUACAGUUGUUUUCAUGCAAAUGUAACAAUUUUACAAAUCUCUGUAAUUUUACAUGAAUAUUUCUGUUCCAUUUACAAAAAAUAAACCGCAGUGUGGGCAGAUCUCGGACCGCGCGCGACUAGCGACAGGCAUUGCGCAUGGGAAGCAGCAAGGCGCGAUGGAGGCUCGUUGGCAGAUGUGCGCCCCUCUUGGUUGCAGUCGUCCAAUCUGAUGGUAAUAUAUUUUUUUUCAUGAAAAAAAAGAAGAAGGGGUUGAAAAAGGGUGGGCAUGAGGGUUGUCCGAUGGAGAGACACGCAAACUCGAACAUGCUGACACGCUCACACGUGAGUAUAGACAGAAUGUAUAGACAGAAUGAAAAGUGUGUGCUUGAAGUCCGCGCGCGACAGAAAGUGAAACUUCUUGCUUAUUACAUCAUUAGAUAUAAGAAAAAUAAUUCUCUUCGGCUAAGGUCGCAAGUAAAAAAAAUUAAUAUCCAAGUGUGCAGGCGCAAAAUUCUGCCAGUGCGCAAGUAUGCGAGUAUGCAAAUAUGCAAGCAUGUGAGUAUGCAAGUGUGCACAUUCAAGUACAUAUGCAAGUGAGCAAGUUUAAAAGCAUGCAAGUGUUGAAAGUAUGCUGCGUCAUUUCUACCUCUCCCCUGCCGUCUCCACCUACAUCUACCGUUCCCCCACCACUUACCUAGCUAUUCCCCUCAUGCGAUCGGAAUUUUCGUAACCCUCGAAAAUUGUAGCCCCCUCAGCAAAGACGUUUCUCUUAAAAAAAUUAUGAUAAAUUUGCGGAUAAAAUUCGUAGUGGGCAAGAAUUCAGGCACUUUUAACUUUUUUUGCUGCAUGUCAAAUCGGGACACAGUUUAUCAGAAAGACUCUGAGCAAAUGUAAUCAAAAGAAGUAUAGCAUGACAAACAUCCAAGUGAACAGGGCUCGCAAGUGAGUGAGCAGAGGACGUUUUCCCAAGUAUGUAAAUAUUGUGGCGUAUAUCCUAGAGGUAACUGAACAAGCGAAUUUUCCCAGUUCCUACUACGUAUGAGAGAUAUCCAUCCUCAACCAGUGGUGUACGCAAGAGGGGGUGUGUGUGUGGGGGGGGGGGGGGAAUAUGGGGAAUAUCUCCCCUUCCCACUUCCGAAAUUUUAAGAAAUCUUAAGGAAUCUAUAACCCCCACCAACAAAAAAGGAAACAAUUCGAAAGCAAACAGCAGGCAAAUGUAAUGAAAUUCGGUGUCCGCUUCUCUCAACAGAAUAUUGUUUUGUUAUCAUGGGAAAGAGUUGCAAGGUCGAAGCGGAAGAUAACACAAGUUCCAAACUCGUAUGAGCUUCAUAUUCUGGGACUAGAAUCAUUCGCGGAUUCUAUCGCUUCUACAGAAUGGAUACUGAAGUCUUCUAUGUGCACAGGUAAAUGUGACUUGCUCGCUGGCUUCUGAUUUGAGAGAUAUUUUAAUCUGAGGAGGGGUUGUUCGUGAUUCGAUACUUAACUGGUGCAGAGUUACUCAUUGGCUAUCAGUCCUCCGCUUGAACUGUUGGUCAAUCGCAAGGGCCGGCUAUCGCGAAAUGAAAUCCCGAAGAAUUUUUCCGUUCUCUUGUUAUGUGUUACUGAUUCAUCCAGUUUGCGGUAGUACUAUUUUUUUUAUACGUGUAUUGCAUCUGGCGCUGAAUUUUAACUUUUUUUUUUUUGUAAAUGGAACAGGAAUAUUCAAUUAAAAUUACAAAUCUUAUAAAUUUGUACAUAUUCAUGGAAACAACUGUAUCACAACAACAUAGUGUUCGCAUAAAUACGGGGUUCGGAUUCUUACCCAGGCAUUUAUGUUUUGUGUUGUCCAACUGCCGUAAUAGUAAAAGUUAUUUUUAAACCGUUCCCCGAAUACAUUUCCAGUAUUAACUGCGCACAUAAUAAGCAUGACACGACAAAAUAAAGUCGAAUUGUGGAAUAGUCUAUUAUCUUUUCCAUGGUUUCAAAAAAUGUACUUCAAUAAAACUUCGAUUAAAAUAUGAAAUUUAACACCAAUAUUCGUAAAAAAAAUUCUCGAAAAACUUAUUUUACGUAUGCGAAAAUAACCAUAAUCAUGUGUUGUAUAAAGUUAAAAUAUAUAUUUUUUGUAGUACUACAAACUAUUUCUUGGCGACUGGUUUCCAAACGAAUCUUCUGCAAAGGUGCACUAGUGUUGGUUAUAUCGAAGAUAAGAAACAAAGCAACUAAAAGCUUCGUUGCCUCGCAUGUUAAUGCAUGAAUAUCAUUUUGCUGGAGAAUUAUUUUGACCUGCUGUAAAGAGACUCCUUAAUUUGCAGAAUUCAGAGGCCAAACAAAAAGCAGUCUCGUUGCAUAUACUUCCAGGAAAUGCAGUGGACCCUUCGCUUGUCUCCGCUCUCACAGGGCUGCAGUACUGUAUGCUUCAUGCAAACAACGAGGUUCAUAGAGAAUUUUGCAUGAUGCACGGGUUGCAUUAUGCAGUGGGUUACACUGGAGCCAUGACCAGAAGUGCAUCGCUUCGUUGCUGUGAUUACAAACGGAAUACUUAAGUUGGAUACCAGAUAGUCGCCCUUACGAACACGUCUUCUUCCGAGCGACUAACAACUGUACCGUGGCAUUUGUCUGGUGUAUUUUUAGGAUAGUAAUUCGAUUAUUAUGCCUUCCAGAAAAUUCGCGUUAUUUUUCUGGUACCAGCCUAAAUUCCAAACAGGUUAUUGUUUCUUAUUGCGUAUCCAGUUGUAUUUUGACAUAAAGUAUUAAAAUAACGAAAGUAAUUGUAUGCGUUCGUGAUGAAAAGCUGUAUAAUUAAUUACCCAAAUGUAUUUGAUUUUGAAAAUACGAGGUAUAAAACUUCGAGGGACAUUGUUUAAGGGGAGCAAUUGUUAUGUGUAACAUAUUCAAUUGUAUUUUAACGUAAAAUAUAAAAAUAAUGUGAGCAGUUAAAUGUAAUUUUGAUGCGUAACUGUAUUGUAAUAAAAUAUAUUGAUUUUGAAAAUAUGAGUUAUAAAACUUUGAUAAAUACGGGAUACGCAAUAAGGAACAAUUACCUCUACACACACACAUUCCUAAAUAAGUCGAGUUAUAUUGUACAUUGGCUGCUGUCACAUAUUACGUUCCGUACGUCAGCAUGUGAUUGGUCAUUAUGUAUGUAAAAUACAAAUAAUAAAGAGUUUCACAGUUCAUACAUAUGGUUGUACAAUUCUUCCUUAUGCUCUUAUACAAGAAAACAAUUUUCUACCUUUUUUUUUCUGGGAGUAAUAAACACGUUAAAAUUUGCGAUGUCACACUCUAACGUAAGUCGCUUAUUGUCCGUCGGUUCACAGCAGUCGCGGCGAAGUCCGUACCCGUCGUCAUUGCUACAACCUUGGCGAUGACGUCACCUCUCUGAGACAGCGGAUGUCGUAACUGAUUCUGCCCUGCAUUGCGGGAAGACUCCUCGCAAAGGCCAAGGUCGCACUUAAACAACGGCUCCGCCCGCCUUUUCCGUUUAACGUCAAGUGACGAGAUUGGAUGUUUCAAAAAGUUAAACAUUUCCUGCUGCACGCAAGUCACUUCUUUUUCUGAAACGUCCGUCUGUUUUCAAAAACACUCCUUUUAAAGGUUAAUAUGUAUAUAUAUGAACGGUAUGUAGUGCUACAGUUAUUUUCUGGAUUAAUUUCACUCCAGGCUAGACUCAACUCGCCUAUACUUAAUCAAGCAUUUAUUGGUCGACAGUAAUGUCACAUCGUUUGACAAGUUACAUGUCAUUAGGUAACCACGUCUUAUCCUUCUUGACUAUAACUGGCUCAAGGUCGUGAAGGGCGUGUCAAGAGCACUCUAGUCCAACCAUCAACGUGAAUAUGCUUCGAGUCUACUUUAAUAUCCUAUGAAUCUGAGAAAUAAUCGUGGCCUUAUCCAUAGUGAAGCACUUGCUAGUAUCCACAUUGCGCUUAGGUAGAGCGUGGAAAAAUUCGCAUGUUCAUUUCGCGAUGUGCUGAAAUUCAAACACAUAUAGUCUCGUACUGGUUCUGCUAUUGGCUGGCUCACAGUUUAUCGGGAGGACUCUGGGCCAAUGUGAAAACCUUAACCAAAAAAAGCAUCGAAUCACAGGCUACCCAGUCACAAGUCAGCAGCAAAUGAAUGAACAGGUGGCGUUUGCCCGGAUGUUCAGAGGAUCGUGGAGGCUAUUCUAGAGGUCAUUGAAACCGCGAAUUUUUCUGGUCUCUAGCGGUUAAUGUUUCGAAGGGCGUCUUCUCGGCAUGCCGUUCACAUCAGGCGUCACCUGGCAUUGUCAUCAGUAGCACGGGGACCCCUUAUCGCCGCGGUAGCUGGUGUCCCAUUGUUCGAACCCGAGGGAGCGGCUGUAUGAGGCUUGUGGACGAGACAGGCCUGUUUGAUGUCAAGAACUAGCUGCCGCGCGGGUAUGAACCAAAACCGACCAGAUAAGCCUCAGUGGUGCAGCUGUUACAACUUGCGUCCACGAACGAAAAAUGUCACCCGUACGCUCUACUCGUUAAGUUGAUGUUUGGACACCGAUUAUUUAAUUUUUUUUAUUUUUUAUGCUGGUGUCGCAAAAUGCGUUCCCGUCACCGGGGCUAAAACUCCCGCGUGGUUGUUUGGCUGGGUAUUCUUUCGACCUCUUUCUUAGAGUGCAAAAUGCAGGUCUCUCAAGAUGUUCGAAGAAAAGUGACCAAAACCGAACAUGUAAACAUUUUAUGUGGAAGAAAUCACCGAGAAAUUCGCGCGUUCAUUUCGCGAUAGGCCAAAAAUUAAAAUACUUGUAGUUAUGCGCUGAUUCUGCUAUUUGCUUACAGUUUAUCUAGAAGAUUCAGGACCAAUAUCAACUAAAGAAGCAUAGAAUCGUUGGCUAUCCAGUGGAGAUGUCUCACAAGUCCGCAGGCAAUGAACGGGUGGCGUUUUUCCGGGUAAGCAAAUGAUUGUGAAAGGCAUCGUAGAGGUCAUGUAACCGACGGUUUUUUACACUUCCUGCACAUAGUGUGCAGCCGACCUAAGACGGUGCUCAUAUGCCGUUCAGGGGCCCGUCUAGCCGGGGUGUAUCUGUGUUAGUGAGACGGGAUGUUAAGCGCGAAGCUCGCUGGUUAUUCUGUCGCGGUAUCGCCUCUAAGAGCAAGGCUGUGAACUGGCGCGUAGUCUUCUCGUCGUUCAUAGGACAACUGUAAAAUUUUAGCGGUGAACGUAACAUAGUACGGCAUAGAAAUAAAAAUAAAUUUGCAAUACAUGGUCCUUAAGUGCGUUCAAGAAUCUGUACCGGUUGUUUUACGCCUAAAAAUUUUCUCUGAAAACACGCUUAUUAGACAUUUUAACUCUUCAAAAAAUACAGUUUAAAAACUUAAUCCGAAAUCAGAAGUACUUUCCGGCUUCGGUGAACUCUUACAUGCUUUUCGUAAGCAGACCUCACUCGGAUAUCUUGAGUAGUUUUGAAAUCGCGUUGUUCUUCCUGAAGCUCUGCGCACCGUGUGUGUGCCUGGGCAGACGGUGCCCAUAAUAGUGCGCGUCGUGUGAUUGUCUUAAAAUUCGACGGUUCUCGAAAGUAGUUCCAGUGGCACCCGUUUCCGCACUUUCACUUGCAAAGCUUCACACGGUGAAUGCUUACGAAACACACGCAACCACACGAGGUUGUUUGCAGGUCUCUAGAGACGUGCGACAUUCGCGGUAUUUUCUUUGGAGACAGGCUCUCAAAUAUCUGUAGGAUUCGCAAGAGUUGCGGAAAAAUAGGGGGGGGGGGGG